AUGCCAUCCCUUCGCCCUAGACUCGUGUCGACUGAAAGUGCAUGCGCCUUCCUCAAGCAUGAUGGCGUGGUUACUUGCUGGGGCAAAUCAGAUGCGGGUGGUGACAGCAGAGGGCUCCAAGAGCGGCUUCAAGAUGUGCAAUCGGUUCAUGCUACCGAUGGCGCUUUUGCUGCACUGCGGAAGGAUGGUACUGUAGUGAGCUGGGGUGACCAGACGUUUGGUGGUGACAGCACCUCGGUCCAAGAUCAGCUUUAUGACGUGCAAGAGAUCCACUCCACUGAUGGUGCCUUUGCUGCUUUCCGAAAGGAUGGUGUCGUCGUGAGCUGGGGCGACCGUCAUUGUGGGGGUGACAGCACGGAUGUCCGGGAGCAACUCAGGGACGUGCAAGAGCUGCAUUCGAAUCGGUCGGCAUUUGCUGUAAUCUGCAAAGACCGCAGCGUGGUAGCCUGGGGCGCACAUAGGAGGGGUGGCUCGAGCUACCAUGUCCAGAAGCAGCUUUGCGACGUGCGAGAGAUCUGCUUUAAUCGAGUAGUGUUUGCUGCCAUCCGGAAGGAUGGGACCGUGGUUAGCUGGGGCGAUGCGGAAUGCGGUGGUGACAGCAGGCACGUGCAAGAUCAGCUUCAUGACGUGCGAUCACUUCACUCCACUGAGUGGUCCUUCGCCGCCAUCCGAAAUGAUGACACCGUGGUAACCUGGGGUGACCAGACGUUUGGCGGCGAUAGCACGCCUGUUCAGAAGCAGCUUUACGAUGUGCAGCAGAUUCAUUCCACUGAUGUAGCAUUUGCGGCACUCCGGAAGGACGGUGCUGUGGUCAUCUGGGGUGGGAAACUCAGGGGUGGUGACAGCACAAGUGUCCAAGAGCAGCUUAAAGAUGUACAGCAGAUCUAUUCCAACAAAGUAGCUUUUGCAGCAACUCGAAAGGAUGGUGCUGUAGUGAGCUGGGGCGACGCUGUUGACAGCACAGGUGUCCAAUCGGAGCUCCAAGAAGUGCAAGAGAUUCACUCUGCAAGUUAUGCGUUUGCAGCGCUCCGUAAAGAUGGCACGGUGGCAAGCUGGGGCGAUCAACGUUGUGGUGGCGACAUAACCUCUGUCCAGGAGCAACUUCAGGAUGUCACUGCGAUUCACGCCACUGCACAAGCCUUUGCUGCACUGCGAAAGGAUGGUACCGUGGUAAGCUGGGGCAAGCCAGGAUAUGGUGGCGACAGCAGGCACGUGCAAGAGCAGCUGCAGAGCGUGCAGGAGAUCCACUCCACGAAACUGGCUUUCGUAGCAGUCCGACAGGAUGGCCAGCUUGUAUUCUGGGGAUAUCCGGACAUGGAGGACAAUAAGAGCUUUCCAAAGAUACAAGAGCCACUGGUUCGAGAAACUGAUGACUCUAUGGUCACUUUCUGUUGCCGUUUGGGGUGGUGA